AUGGUGUCUAUCGACAAGUAUAGCUUCCCGGUCUUUGAUGACCUGCCGUCUGUUCCGGGGCAACCUCAGGGCUGUCUUUGGGGAUUUUUCGACAAGGAUGGAAACAAGGAUGAACUCGGUACUCUCAAUCUUCUCAAUGCCGACACCGUAAGAAAUGCCUCGCUUGAGAUUCAGACUGGGAAGCACGUGCAACUCGAUUGGCCUAUGAACAACCUUGAAUUCCCAGGCUUUGGUCGCAUUCCCAUUGAGCAUAAUGUGAAGCAAAUGGCUUCGGAGGGUUUCCUCGGGCUUGAUGAUGAGAUCAAGAUCAACACUCAGACAAGCUCUCAGUGGGAUAGCUUGAAACACUGGAGUAUACAGAAACAGGGUUUAUUCUAUAACGGUUUGUCUAUCCAAGAUGCCUUGAAAUCACCGCGAAAUGGGUUUCACAACGUUUGUGAACGAGGUGGAAUAGUUGCUAGAGGAGUGUUAGUUGACUGGUUAAGAUGGUGGGAAUAUCACAACCCAGGCAAAGAGCCCCCGUCUGCUAUAUCACCCUAUGCAAUCCCAGUCUCCGAAUUAGAAGAAGUACUCAAAUUCCAAGGCACAGAAUGCCACCAAGGAGACGUUCUUAUCGUUAGAACUGGAUUUGUCCGUUGGCACAAUCAAGCGGAUAAGUCUACUAGAGCUCUCGGUACCAAGCAGCAGCAUUACAUGAUUGGUGUAGCGAACAACAUGGAAACUGUUCGCUGGCUUUAUUCCAAGCACUUUUCAGCCGUUGCUGGAGAUACAAUGGGAUGGGAGGCUUGGCCUUAUCCUGAGCACUGCUGCCUCCAUGAGUGGCUCUUGUGCCAGUGGGGAACUCCAAUCGGAGAGCUGUGGAAUUUGGAGCAACUGAGUGUCGUUUGCGAAGAAUUAAAGAGAUGGUCAUUCUUCUUAACAAGUGCUCCGAUCCAUGUUAUUGGUGCUGUUGGAUCUCCGCCAUGUGUCAUUGCUGUAUUCUAA